GCUCUCUCUUCUUCAUGUUUAUGGAUAAUAUCGUAUCACGAGACUUCAAGGCUGUUACUUACCUAGGUACUUAUACACCUCUGAUCGUAGACAGAAACAAGAUCCCUUUGUAAUCACUAAUGUAAAAGUGAUUAGGUGAAUUGGUUCUUAUUUGAUCGAACCGUUUAAUACUUCGUAUCUCACAACUACAACUUAAACACCGCUCGUUAUCUAUACCUAAGCACCCAAUCAGUCCAAUAAUUUAGCUUCUCACCCUCACUCCAAGUGAUAUUCUCUAAGAUCCAAUCACCAUGGCGCCACACAAUAUCCAAGACGAAGGGCCAGCAGACCUUGAGAACGAGCCAGCAGGCAGCACCGAGGUCCGACCACCAACCCCACCACCAAUGUCCGCCAGGCCACCUCGCCUCCUCAUCAUAGGUGCCGGGUCCCGUGGUCGCGUCUACGGGCGCUGCACUCUACAAUCGAGCAACGGAGUUAUUGCCGCCGUCUGUGAGCCAGAUCCCUAUAAGCGCGACGAAUUUGUGCGCACUUUCAUCUGGCCUGCUGAGCGUGAGAAGAAGCUAGGGCCCGCACCAGAGGGCUCCGCUUUCGAGGACUGGAAGGACUUCGUUGAGUGGGAAAAACGUCGCCGCGUUCGUGAAGAAGCUGGUGAGGAAGGUGUUCCUGAGGGCGUGGACGCGGCUUUUGUGUGCGUGCGCGAUGAGAUGCAUCAUGAUGUUGUCAUCGCUCUCGCCCCGCUGGGGUUACACAUUAUGUGCGAGAAGCCAUUAGCCACCACACUCGACGAUUGCGUCUCUAUGUAUCGCGCGCUGGCCCCUUUACAAGAAACGAAAGUCUUCUCAAUCGGUCAUGUACUGCGAUAUUCACCACAUAAUAUGUUGCUUCGUAAACUACUUCUCGAGGACCGUGUCAUCGGCGAUAUCCUUAGUGUCGUACACACCGAACCCGUCGGUUUCUGGCAUUUCGCGCAUUCCUACGUCCGCGGUAACUGGCGUAAAGAAAGCACCACCGCACCCUCCCUCCUAACCAAGAGCUGCCACGACAUCGACAUAAUCCUCUGGCUUCUCUGUUCACCCCCGGACCCUAGUUCCGAAAACGCAGAACCCCCGCAUCUCCCAACCGAAGUCUCCUCCACCGGGUCCUUGCAAUUCUUCCGACGAAGUCGCAAACCCAAAGCCGCGGGCAAUGCCACAAAUUGUCUAAGCUGUGCCGCGGAGCCCAAUUGCAUGUACUCGGGCCGUCGCAUCUACGAAAGCACACGACACCAAGGCCUAGAAACGGGGAACACCCGGUGGCCGAUGAGUGUAGUAAUGCCCGACAUCGAGAGUUUCGGGGGCGACAUCACACGCGCGCGUCCAGCGCUCCUCCAGCGUCUAGGUGAAGACUACGACUCCUCCACGCCACAAGAAGUCAUCGAUUCCCAAAACUGGUUCGGACGCUGCGUCUUCGAGUCCGAUAACGACGUUUGCGACGAGCAGACUGUGACUAUAAAAUGGGACGACGACCCUCUCCCCCAAUCCCAAUUUGGGGGUGCGUAUACGGACGCGGUAGGGAAUAGAGGUGCGAAACAAGCGACUUUCCACAUGAUAGCCCAGACGAAGCGGCAAUGCCAGCGGUAUACGUAUAUCCACGGCACCACCGGCGAGAUAUACGCCGAUUCGCGCACGAUUACUAUCGAGGAUUUCCAAGACGGUUCGCAGAAAUCGUAUCACCCCAAGCUCGAGAGCCUGGGACAUGGAGGUGGUGAUCAUGGGAUCACGCGCCAGUUCGUGCUAGCCGUAGACCGCGUUAAGAAUCAUGGAUGGGAGGCGUCGCGGGCGCAGCGCGAAUUUAUUGGGUGUGGGCUUGAGGAGAUUGUUAGGAGUCAUGCUAUGGUAUUCGCCGCGGAGGAGGCGAGAGUCGGGAAGAGGGUGGUGGAUUGGAAGGGUUGGUGGGAAGAUAAUGUUGGCGCUAUACAGGGCUGACGAACGUGUGCAUUUUUAUGAGUGAUGAUAGUUUGAACGAUUAUUGGGACGCGGGUCGUAUAUGCGACAACGUCGACAAGUUAUGGAACUUGAGUUAGGGUGUUGCUAUUGCUAGCGGCCUAUAAAUGGUACAGAGUGGGUUUAGGAAGCACAAAGCUUUCUAAAGCCUUACAGAUUGUAAUAAUGAUGAGAAAUAUCGGUAUGAUACUUAAUAUAAUAUAUAUAAGAUAUCAAUUAAAUA